AUGUUUAAGCACCCUGUGUGCACUUACCUCAAGCCGGUGUUUCCAUUCACAAAGUCCCGGUGCCGGCAGUCCGAGACCCUCAGUAAUGCCCUUGUGGUUUUGCUUCAAGGCGUUCGGCAAGCGCUCUGGCUCACCAAGACCAAGUUAGUGCAAGGCUUACCUCCUAAAGUGCUGAGCAUCGUCGACGAUCCGGCUAACCAGCUUGAGGAUCAAGAUGAGAGAGUGAAGCAUGCAAUCUCACACGCGCGGUUCUGGGAGACUACAGAAGUUGCUCCCAACAGAGAAAACUAUUGCCCUGUACUCUUUGAAGACUUGCUGCAUUUAUGUCGGUUAAUGACUGUGAAGUACCCUUCUCUGGCUAAAAGAAUGUUGGCUAGAAACUACAGGAUAGCAGCUACAUGGGAAAGAGAAUUGUUUUUCCUUCAGGUCCGCGGCCUGAAUGGAAUACUUCUCAAUUCUAUGGCCCCAAUACCACCAGUAGCCUCCAAGGACGAGGUAGUAGCCACUGAAGAACACACUCUAGAGACCUUCUACCCCAUCUCUCCUACAAUUGAUCUUCAGGAAGUGAUUGUGUACAGAGAGCUCGAUGAUACAGGUUUUAGAGAUGGUUAUCCAUACCCUCAUCCUCACACCCUGUACUUCCUGGAGUCGGCCAACAUUCGUCCUAACAGGUUCAGACCAGAACAGCUUCGGGCUAAAAUGAUGAUGUUUGCUUUUGGCAAUGCACUGGCAAAGGCUAAGAUGCUGUACGGGAGCGAUCCCAAGGUUUUGGAGCAGCCCGUAGUGGUGCAGAGCGUUGGCACGGAUGGCCAGCUUUUCCAGUUCAUGGUGUUCCAGUUAAAUACAACAGACUUUGUCUCUAGCGAUGGCAUUAAAAAUCUAGUCUGGAUUGACUCGGAUCAGCAACUGUAUGAAAAAGCCCAGUGUGUUCCGGAAGUCAAGAAGAGGGUUGUUACGAAGCCCACUGGAAUAUAUGGCUUUCAGCCAGACACGUUCAAGAAGUUUCUGGCACUGUAUUUGCAUGGAACUGUGUGAAAUUCCACUCAAAAGAAAAUCUUCCAUCAAUUGUACCUGCUGCUUCUCUUUGCCAGAGCAUCACAUAACUAAAGAAGGGUGGAUUAAUUUACUUUCUAAAAUAAAAUAUAUUGUUAUUCAAAGUAAAUUCUUUUUUU